AUGGGGAACACCAACAGUUCUCACAAGAUCUCUGGUCAAGACAGAGCGAUUCUAGACCUCAAGAUCCAGCGCGACAAGCUACACCAAUACCAAAAGCGCAUCGCCGUACUCACUGAUCGCGAAACCGCCGUCGCAAAGCAAUGCCUCGCGCGCAAUGACCGCACCCGCGCGCUGCUCGCUCUGCGUCGUAAGAAAUACCAGGAAUCGCUGCUGGCCAAGACAGAUUCCCAGCUAGCACAGCUGGAACAGCUUGUCUCCCAGGUCGAGUUUGCGCUGGUGCAAAAGGAUAUUAUGUAUGGCCUGCAGCAAGGCACGCAGGUUUUGCAGGCUAUCAAUAAAGAGAUGGGCGGGUUGGCCGCGGUGGAGAAGUUGAUGGGUGAAAAUGAAGAGGCUAGGGCGUAUCAGGAGGAAGUUAGUCAGAUGCUCGCUGGGCAAAUGUCCAACGAAGACGAGGACGAAGUCGAAGACGAACUGGAAGCGCUACAACGACAAGUCGAAGGCCCUGUCGUCCUACCAAAUGCUCCGGAGGCACCGCCAGUUAUUUCAGAGGACGAGAAGAAACAGAGAGCAAAAGAAAGAGCGAGAGAAAGGGCAAAGGCCAGGGAAGAAACCAUGGUGGCUGCAUAA